GAAGCUUUAAUUAGGUACCUAGCCAACGGUCGGAUGACAGAAUUUCUUUCUCCAUCGCAUGACGAAAUUGUCCACAGACGACGCAGCUCACACACGUCUUUGGAAUGAUGGGCAGGAAGACUUACGAAGCCGAAUCCGGCUCCGACAUGGAGGAUGGUGGCGCCAAGCUCAAUGCACCUACGCAGGCUAAUGUUGUGAAGUCAACCGACGCCAUGGAUAUAGACGUUCCCCCGACCCCGGCCGAGAAGAGACAGGCAGCGGCCGCUGCACGAGCCGAACGCGCUGCGCGUAGGAAACAGAGACGUGAGGAACUCGCAGCGCAAGGGAGCUCACAGAUCUCCUCGCUUGCUAGCACACCGAACCCCGAAUCCGAACCUGCGUCACCCACAAAGACCAGCCAGGAAAAAAAGUCAAGAAGAAAGAAGACGGAGAAGAAGGCCCCCAAGAAGGCGGUCAAUGCCGAGGAGACGGACGAGAAGGCUGAAGAAAAUGUCCCAGAGGCUUCAGCGGCAGAGACAGAUACUCCCAGCGAGUCCAUCUCCUCGGCCGUGGCACCCGCGACCGACACCGAGCCGUGUCCCUUCGUGAUCGACGUAAAACCCACCAAGUUCGAGGCCAAAAGCACAUCCGUGACGGGCUACACCACAUCGAACGCACCCAGCUCGGUCAGCGGGGCCGACUCGCAACACAAGGGCCUCAACCGCGCCGCGCGGCGGCGGUUGAUGCAGAUUGAGAACCGGCGGCUGGCUAUCAAGAAGGAACUCGGCAUCGCGGUCGACUCGGACGACCGCCAGGCCGAGGUGGACGCCCUCCUGUCGGCGUGGACGACACAAUUCGACGAGAGGGCCGAGGCGCGCGCGGCCAAGAAGGCGGCCAAGAAAGAAUCGGCUCGGUCCAAUGCAAAGGGUAAGCUUCUCAAAGGACACAGCACCAACAAUUACGAGAAGCAGAAGCAGAUAAAAAAGCAGAAACUAAAAGAGGCCCUGAGAGCCCGGCAGGAAGGCAGCUAGGGGCGAAGCUGGCCGAACUGCGGCUCGACGGCCCGCCGACCACCGGAAGGAAUCAGGCGUUCUGAGGAGUAAUAGGCACGAGGGCGUGGAGUAGGGUGGAAAGUAUAAAGUGAAAGAUAAAAUACUUCAUGUUGGCGUCUAGCGGGUAAUGUAAAGAUGGGGGGAUGAAACACUCAAAAAGUACAUAUCGAGCAGAAGCACUUCGCAUCUCGUGGCGAAAGAAUACAUACGUCGUUCAAUUCCGUCCAA